AUGUUAGAUAAGUGCUUGGGAGCACAGAGGGCAAGAAGAUUCCAGAGAGCUUUCAGGCAUUGCAAGAUUACCAUCCUCUGCCUCGUCCUCACCGUUGUUGUCCUGCGAGGCACCAUCGGCGCCGGCAAGUUCGGCACGCCGGAGCAAGAUUUCGUCGACAUUCGCAACCGCUUCUACUCCCGGAAGCUCCCCGACCCUCAUCGCCUUCUCGGGGAGCUUCAUUCUAAGAUGUCGUUUUCGUCUUCCUCUAAUUCCGAUACUUCCACUUCCGCUAACAAUUACAACGCCUUCGACAUUAACACCACAUUGGUCGGCGACGAAGAAGAAGAAGAAAGCAACCGCGAGAAACGAAACCCGAACGAGCCUUAUCGUCUUGGCCCCAGAAUCUCGGAUUGGGAUGAACAGAGAUCGAGGUGGCUUCGCGAAAACCCCAAUUUCUCGAAUUUCUUUCGACCCAACAAGCCUCGUGUGCUUUUGGUAACUGGUUCGUCACCGAAACCGUGUGAGAAUCCCGUCGGGGACCAUUACUUGUUGAAGUCUAUAAAGAACAAGAUUGAUUAUUGUCGUUUGCAUGGUAUUGAGGUGUUUUACAACAUGGCCCUUCUCGAUGCUGAAAUGGCUGGGUUUUGGGCCAAGCUUCCUUUGAUUAGGAAACUUCUUCUGUCUCACCCUGAGGUAGAGUUCUUGUGGUGGAUGGAUAGUGAUGCCAUGUUCACGGACAUGGGGUUUGAAGUGCCGUGGGAGAGGUAUAAAGAGUAUAAUUUGGUAAUGCAUGGGUGGAAUGAGAUGGUUUAUGAUCAGAAGAAUUGGAUCGGGUUGAACACUGGAAGCUUUUUGUUGAGAAAUUGUCAGUGGUCUUUGGAUAUUCUUGAUGCUUGGGCUCCAAUGGGACCAAAAGGGGAGGUUAGAGAUGAGGCUGGGAAAGUGCUUACACGUGAGCUCAAGGACAGGCCAGUUUUUGAAGCUGAUGAUCAAUCUGCUAUGGUAUAUUUGUUGGCAAAAGAGAGGGAUAAAUGGGGUGAUAAGGUUUAUCUUGAGAAUGGUUAUUACUUGCAUGGUUAUUGGGGUAUUUUGGUUGAUAAGUAUGAGGAGAUGAUUGAGAAUUACCAUCCUGGAUUUGGUGACCAUAGGUGGCCGUUGGUGACACAUUUUGUGGGUUGCAAGCCAUGUGGAAAGUUUGGCGAUUACCCGGUUGAGAGAUGCUUGAAGCAGAUGGACAGAGCUUUCAAUUUUGGGGAUAAUCAGAUACUACAGAUUUAUGGCUUCACACACAAGUCCUUGGCUAGUAGGAGAGUAAAUAGAAUAAGGAAUGAGACUAGCAAUCCUCUUGAGGUCAAAGAUGAACUUGGCUUGCUUCAUCCGGUAUUUAAAGCAGUGGAGGUAUCAUCAUCUAGCUGA